AUGGAGCACGGUCAAUGGGCCUUUACACACCUUUCCCGCUGCUGGCAUUCUGGUCCCGUCAGUAUAGAGGAACGCACACUAACGCCCUGGACCAGAGCCAGCAUUCUCCUAAAUAUUUCCCUCCAACACAUCAUGAGACUGGAUAUCAAGGGCAGUAGUUCUAGUCGUCAGGGUGCUUUAUUAUGGCCCUCGCUGCAGAUGGAAGAGGAUCCCGACAUUGUGAACCGCAACACCGAGCUGGAUGACAUCCUCAGACAAAUAUCAGAGCUGGGCAAAUGGAGAGAGAUCUUCAACGCCAGUGGGUAAGUUGGAGAAGUCAAUUUCACCUUUCCAAUUAUUGCUUUAGUUGGGUCAUUGUGUAGGCCUGUGCAGUAAUUAUGAGAAGUCGAUGCUGUUUUAUAGCCUCAACACAUCUAGUACAUGAAGAAAUAUUCAAGCAAGACCAUGCACAUUACUUUAAACUUAUCAGAUCAUUUUUAUUUACAGGUUGGAAUUACAAGAUUGUAUCAUUAAAGUAAGUUGUGUGUUUUCUUUUACAUUAAAUAACUUGAAAAUGUCAAAAUAAACUUUGGGUCAUACUUGAAUCUGAUUUUCAUUUCCAUGAAAUGCCUCUGCAUGGAUUCAUUGCUCACCAAUGCAAUGAAUAGAAAUGUGAUUUUGUUGAAUACAUUGAAAUACAUAAAACAGUAAAAAAAUGUGUACCAAACAUUAAGAACACCUGCUCUUUCUAUGACAGACUGACCAGGUAAAUACAGGUUAAAGCUAUGAUCCCUUAUUGAUGUCAGUAAAGAUGAAGGGGAAGAGACAGGUUAAAUAAGGAUUUUUAAGCCUUGAGACAUUUGAGACAUGGAUUGUGUAUGUGUACCAUUCAGAGGGGCAAGACAAAAUAUUUAAGUGCCUUUGAACGGGGUAUGGUAGUAGGUGCCAGGCGCAUUGGUUUGUGUCAAGAACUUUAACACUGCUGUGUUUUUCACGCUCAAGGCAGUUUCUCGUGUGUAUCAAGAAUGGUCCACCACCCAAAGGACAUCCAGCCAACUUGACACAACCUGCAUUGCUUGCUGUUUGAGGUUUUAGGCUGGGUUUCUGUAUAGCACUUUGUGACAUCUGCUGAUGUAAAAAGGGCUUUAUAUAUCAAAUGUGAUUGAUUGAUUGAUUGAUGGGGGGGUUGUUCUUAAUGUUUUGUACACUCAGUGUAUAUAGCCUACUUAUAAAUAUGAAUCAAUUUAAAAGAGAGGUUCUUAGUUUUAUGACAUUCUCUUUGUGAAUCCAUGACCACAUAUUGUGACCAUAAGCACUUGCACACCUGCAUCUCCCAUCUCACCUGCACUUCUUGCAUAAGUCAGUUAGGCCAAACCUUACAUUUUCAGUGCGAUAGCUGAUCCUAUGCAGAUGCUCUUCUCAGAUAACUGCAUGUCACUCCUAUCCAAUCAGACAAUGUGGUGCAGUGAGGGGUGGGGUGGGGGGUUGCCUUUUCGUCACUGAACCUGAUCUGCCUCGGAAAGACCAGGAACCGAGAGAGCGAGGAGAAAGAGAGAGAACUGUGUGGGGCAUAUACGUUUCCUGCUCACCCAGCAAGGCUUACUCUAUCGCUCCCUCCGUCAUCUGUCUCUCUCUGUAUCCUUCGCUCUCUGCCUCUCUCUUUCCCCUAUAUAUCUCCCUGUCUACCACACCUCUUGGCGACUUCAUGUGGAGAGUGUGUAUAGUAUAGGUGUCGUCGUGCUGUAGUUAGGGUUAGGGGUGUCGAGCCCUGUGGCGUGAUGACAGACUACCAGGAGCUCCUACAGACCAUCCGGGAUCUGCAGCCCUCCAGACUCGGCUACAUCGAGAUCCUUCAAGAGGAGGUAAAGAGGAACCAGGAUGUGAGUGAUGACAGAUGCCUCUGACAGGGUUGGUGUCAAUUCCGUUUCAGUUCAGAACGCAAAUUGCCAAUUCAGGACAUGAAUUGACUGAAUUGAAAUGAAAUUGACCCCAACCCUGACCUCCACUAUCGCUGCGCUGGUCCCCUCCGGAGCCAGCAUAACUUUUCCACAACAUAGUUGUCUCUAUGUCUGUCCUUCUCUUUCUCUGCUUCCAUUUCGAUCUCUUUGUCAGCAGACGUUUUGGCAACUACAUAUAGAGAGUGUGUAUAGACUCCUAGAGAGUAUGUGUAUGGCCCCAUCCAGUCACAUGCCCUCAUAUCGUCACAUGGCAAGACAAGGAUAUGCUAUGGCACUGGGUCAUUUAAUAUACAGUGCCUUCAGAAAGUAUUCACACCCCUUGACUUAUUCCACAUUUUGUUGUGUUACAGCCCGAAUUCAAAAUUGAUUAAAUUGCUUUUUUUCCCUCACCCAUCUACACACAGUACCCUAUAAUGACAAAGUGAAAACAUGUUUUUAGACAUUUUUGUAAAUUUACUGAGAAUGAAAUAUAUCAUUUACAUAAGUAUUCACACCCCAGAUCAAUACUUUGUAGAAUGACCUUUGGCAGCGAUUACAGCUGUGAGUCUUUCAGGGUAAGAGCUUUUUACACCUGCUUUGAACACCAACAUUUGCCCAUUAUUCUUAUAAAAGUUUUUCAAGAUCUGUCAAAUUGGUUGUUGAUCAUUGCUAGACAACCAUUUACAGGUCUUGGCAUAGAUUUUCAAAUAGAUUUAAGUCAACAUUUUAACUCGGCCACUCAGGAACAUUCACUGUCUUCUUGGUGAGAAACUCCAGUGUAGAUUUGGCAUUGUGUUUUAGGUUAUUGUCCUGCUGAAAGGUGAAUUCAUCUUCUAGUGUCUGGUGGAAAGCAGACUGAGCCAGGUUUUCCUUUAGGAUUUUUCCUGUGCUGAGCUCCAUUCUGUUUAUUUUUUAUCCUGAAAAACUACCCAGUCCUUAACGAUGACAAGCAUACCCAUAACAUGAUGCAGCCACCACUAUACUUGAACAAAAUGAUACAAUGGUGCUGGAGGGGAUGGCUGCCGUUUUACGGGCUCAUAACAACUGUGCUAUUUUGUGUGUUUUUCGCAUUGUUUGUAACUCAUUUUGUACAUAAUGUUUCCGCUACCGUCUCUUAUGGAUAUCAGAACAGCGAUUACUCAUCUCAAACUGGAUGAAGAUUUUUUCUUUAAUGAGUCCAUCGUGAAGGAUAUAAUGCUUCUCCGAGACCAGGCCCAAAUCCCCAUCAUUCACGUGAAGAAAAUACGGAAAUACAGGGGGCGGAGAUCGGGGUGCCUUGUUAGAAUUCGUCGGCGAGUGGGUAACCCACCUCUACCAUCCGUUCUAUUGGCCAAAGUGCAAUCACUGGAAAAUAAACAGGAUGAUCUCCAUUCGAGACUAUCCUACCAACAUCACAUUCAAAACUGUAAUAUCUUUUGUUUCACUGAGUCGUGGCUGAACGACGACAAGGACAAUAUACAAUUGGCUGGGUUUUCCAUUCAUUGGCAGGACAGAACAGCUAUGUCUGGUAAGACGAAGGGUGGGGGUGUGUGUCUAUUUGUCAAUAACAGCUGGUGCGCAAUGUCUAAUAUUAAGGAAGUCUCAAGGUAUUGCUUGCCUGAGGUAGAGUACCUCAUGAUAAACUGUAGACCACACCAUCUACCAAGAGAGUUUUCAUCUACAUUUUUCAUAGCGUCUAUUAACCACCACAAACCGAAGCUGGCACUAAGACCUCACUCUACCAGCUGUAUAAGGCCAUAAGCAAACAAGAAAAUGCUCAUCCAGAAGCGGCACUCCUAGUGGCCGGGGACUUUAAUGCAGGCAAACUUAAAUCAGUUUUACCUCAUGUCUACCAGCAUGUCACAUGUGCAACCAGAGGGAAACAAAACUCUAGACCACCUUUACUCCACAUACAGAGAUGCAUACAAAGCUCUCCCUCACCCUGCAUUUGGCAAAUCUGACCAUAAUUCUGUCCUCCUGAUUCCUGCUUAUAAGCAAAAACUAAAGCAGGAAGUACCAGUGACUUGCUCAAUACGGAAGUGGUCAGAUGAUGCGGAUGCUACACUACAGGACUGUUUUGCUAUCACAGACUGGAAUAUGUUCCUGGAUUCAUCCAAUGGCAUUGAGGAGUAUACCACCUCAGUCACCGGCUUCAUCAAUAAGUGCGUCGAUGACGUCGUCCCCACAGUGACCGUAUGUACAUAUCCCGACCAGAAGCCGUGGAUUACAGGCAACAUCUGCACCGAGCUAAAGGCUAGAGCUGCCGCUUUCAAGGAGCGGGACGCUAAUCCGGACGCUUUAUAAGAAAUCCCGCUAUGCCCACAGAAGAAUCAUCAUACAGGCAAAGUGUCAAUACAGGACUAAGAUUGAAUCCUACUACACCGGCUCUGAUGCUCUUCAGAUGUGGCAGGGCUUGAAAACUAUUACGGACUACAAAAGGAAACCCAGCUGCGAGCUGCCUAGUGACGCGAGCCUACCAGACGAGCUAAAUGCCUUUUAUGCUCGCUUCGAGGCAAGCAACAAUGAAGCAUGCAUGAGAGCACCAGCUGUUCCGGACGACUGUGUGAUCACACUCUCCGUAGCCGAUGUGAGCAAGACCUUUAAACAGGUCAACAUUCACAAGGCCACGGGGCCAGACGGAUUACCAGGAAGUGUACUCAGAGCAUGCAUGGACCAACUGGCAUGUGUGUUCACUGACAUUUUCAACCUCUCCCUGACCGAGUCUGUAAUACCUACAAGUUUCAAGCAGACCACCAUAGUCCCUGUGCCAAAAAAACGAAGGUAACCUGCCUAAAUGACUACCGCCCCGUAGCACUCACGUCGGUAGCCAUGAAGUGCUUUGAAAGGCUGGUCAUGGCUCACAUCAACACCAUCAUCCCGGAAACCCUAGACCCACUCCAAUUUGCAUACCACCCCAACAGAUCCACAGAUGACGCAAUCUCAAUCGCAUUCCACACUGCCCUUUCCCACCUGGACAAAAGGAACACCUAUGUGAGAAUGCUGUUCAUUGACUAUAGCUCAGCGUUUAACACCAAAGUGCCCACAAAGCUCAUCACUAAGCUAAGGAUCCUGGGACUAAACACCUCCCUCUGCAACUGGAUGCUAGACUUCCUGACGGGACGCCCCCAGGUGGUAACGGUAGUUAACAACACAUCUGCCACGCUGAUCCUCAACACGGGGGCCCCUCAGGGGUGCGUGCUUAUUCCCCUCCUGUACUCCCUGUUCACCCACGACUGCGUGGCCAAGCACUACUCCAAUACCAUCAUUGAAUUUGCUGAUGACACAUCAGUGGUAGGCCUGAUCACCGAAACGAUGAGACAGUCUAUAGGGAGGAGGUCAGGGACCUGGCAUAUGGUGCCUUGACAGCAACCUCUCCUACAGGAAAAGGAGUGCCGAUCACGCCCCCAUUCACAUCGACAGGGCUGUAGUGGAGCGGGUCGAGAGUUUCAAAUUCUUUGGUGUCCACAUUACCAACAAACUGUCAUGGUCCAAACACACCAAGAAAGUCGUGAAGAGGGCACAACAACACCUUUCCCCCUCAGGAGACUGAAAAGAUUUGGCCUGGGUCCCCAGAUCCUCAAAAAGGUAUACUGCUGCACCAUCGAGAGUAUCCUGACCGCUUGCAUCACCGCCUGGUAUGGCAACUGCUCGGCAUCUGACCGUAAGGCACUACAGAGGGUAGUGCGUAUGGCCCAGUACAUCACUGGGGCCAAGCUUCCUGCCAUCCAGGACCUACAGUUGAAGUCGGAAGUUUACAUACACCUUAGCCAAAUACAUUUAAACUCAGUUUUUCACAAUUCAUGACAUUUAAUCCUAGUAAAAAUUCCCUGCCUUAGGUCAGUUAGGAUCAACACUUUAUUUUGAGAAUGUGAAAUGUCAGAAUAAUAGUAGAGAGAAUGAUUUCUUUCAGCUUUUAUUUCUUUCAUCACUUUCCCAGUGGGUCAGAAGUUUACAUACACUCAAUUAGUAUUUGUUAGCAUUGCCUUUAAAUUGUUUAACUUGGGUCAAAUGUAUUGGGUAGCCUUCCACAAGCUUCCCACAAUAUGUUGAAUUUUGGCCCAUUCCUCCUGACAGAGCUGGUGUAACUGAGUCAGGUUUGUAGGCCUCCUUGCUCGCACACGCUUUUUCAGUUCUGCCCACAAAUGUUCUAUAGGAUUGAGGUCAGGGCUUUGUGAUGGCCACUCCAAUACAUUGACUUUGUUGUCCUUAAGCCAUUUUGCCACAACUUUGGAAGUAUGCUUGGGGUCAUUGUCCAUUUGGAAGACCCAUUUGCGACCAAGCUUUAACUUCCUGACUGAUGUCUUGAGAUGUUGCUUCAAUAUAUCCACACAAUAUUCCUUCCUCAUGAUGCCAUCUAUUUUGUGAAGUGCACCAGACCCUCCUGCAGCAAAGCACCCCCACAGCAUGAUGCUGCCACCCCUGUGCUUCACGGUUCGGAUGGUGUUCUUCGGCUUGCCAGCGACCCCCUUUUUCCUCCAAACAUAACGAUGGUCAUUAUGGUCAAACAGUUUUAUUUUUGUUUCAUCAGACCAGAGGACAUUUCUCCAAAAAGUAUGAUCUUUGUUCCCAUGUGCAGUUGCAAACCGUAGUCUGGCUUUUUUAUGGCGGUUUUGGAGCAGUGGCUUCUUCCUUGCUGAGCGGCCAUUCAGGUUAUGUCGAUAUAGGACUCGUUUUACUGUGGAUAUAGAUACUUUUGUACCUGUUUCCUCCAGCAUCUUCACAAGGUCCUUUGCUGUUGUUCUGGGAUUGAUUUGCACUUUUCGCACCAAAGUACGUUCAUCUCUAGGAGACAGAACGCGUCUCCUUCCUGAGCGGGAUGACGGCUGCGUGGUCCCAUGGUGUUUAUACUUGCGUACUAUUGUUUGUACAGAUGAACGCGGUACCUUCAGGCAUUUGGAAAUUGCUCCCAAGGAUGAACCAGACUUGUGGAGGUCUAUAUAAUAUUUUCUGAGGUCUUGGCUGAUUUCUUUUGAUUUUCUCAUGAUGUCAAGCAAAGAGGCACUGAGUUUUUGAAGUUAGACCUUGAAAUACUUCCACAGGUACACCUCCAAUUGACUCAAAUGAUGUCAAUUAGCCUAUCAGAAGCUUCUAAAGCCAUGAAUUGUGAUACAGUGAAUUAUAAGUGAAGUAAUCUGUCUGUAAACAAUUGUUGGAAAUAUUACUUGUGUCAUGCACAAAGUAGAUGUCCUAACCGACUUGCCAAAACUAUAGUUUGUUAAAAAUAAAUUUGUGGAGUGGUUGAAAAACGACUUUUAAUGACUACAACCUAAGUGUUUGUAAACUUCCGACUUCAACUGUAUAUACUAGGCGGUGUCAGAGGAAGGCCCCAAAAAUUGUCAAAGACUCCAGUCACCCAAGUCAUAGACUGUUCUCUCUGCUACCGCACGGCAAGCGGUACCGGAGCGCCAAGUCUAGGAACAAAAGGGUCCUUAACAGCUUCUAACCCCAAGUCAUAAGACUAAUGAACAAUUAAUCAAAUGGCCACCUGGACUAUUUACAUUGUUUUUACACUGAUGCAACUCACUGUUUAUUAUCUAUGCAUAGUCACUUUAUCCCUACUUACAUGUACAAAUUACCUCGACUAACCUGUACCCCCGCACAUUGACCCGGUACCGGUUCUAUUUUUACCCAUCUACCAAUAGGUGCCCUUCUUUGCGAGGCAUUGGAAAACCUCCCUGUUCUUUGUGGUUGAAUCUGUGUUUGAAAUUCACUGCUCGACUGAGGGACCUUACAGAUAAUUGUGUGUGUAGGGUACAGAGAUGAGGUAGUCAUUCAAAAAUCAUGUUAAACACUAUUAUUGCACACAGAAUGAGUCCAUGCAACUUAUUAUGUGACUUGAUAAGCACAUUUUUACUCCUGAAUUUAUUUAGGCUUGCCAUAACAAAGGGGUUGAAUACCUAUUGACUCAAGACAUUUCAGCUUUUAAUUUUUAUUAAUUUGUAAACAUUUCAAAAACAUAAUUCCACUUUGACAUUAUGGGGUAUUGUGUGUAGGCCAGUGAAAAAAAUCUUAAUUUAAUCCAUUUUAAAUUCAGGCUGUAACACAACACAAUGUGGAAAAAGUCAAGGGGUGUGAAUAAUUUCUGAAGGCACUGUAUUUGUGCCACAGUGUCCAAACUGGAUGGAAAACAAAACAGCCAUGAGGGCAACUGUGUUGAAUGCUGAGAGAUGGAGACAGAGAGACACAUAGCGGCAGAGAGUUCAACCAUAUGUUUACCAUCAUCUCAUUCAUGUAACAUUAUCAUAUUUCAGGUUCAAUCCAAGGCGCGUUAUAGAGCAACAAACUAGAUGUGCCGAUAAUGUACCUUUGAAAGGCAUUUUCCCAGAUUUGUCCAGAAAUCGCAUUCACAGUAAAUGCUGCGCAUGUCAGCAUAUUCCAACAAUUGUGUGUUGUUGGAAUAUGUGGGACAUUGUGAUGGAUAAGGUGGGAUCUUUCUGAUGGUCUCUGUCACUUCUCUCUGUAGAGGCCUCUGGAGAGGACUAAACCUGAGGAGGACAGCGAGGAUGGCACAGGCAGGCCGCCGACCACGGCACAGCCGCCUCGUGGACACACCAACCUAUUGACAGUGCCCUAUUCCAUCCCCCGGGCCCUGGCUGUCUCUCCUAGCCUAGGAGGGCUCCCCGUCACACCCGAGUUAGCUGGGGUGAGUCUGCGCUAGCAACAUGAGCUGGUCAUUUGACACCUGCGGCCUCCCACUGCUGUGUUUGUUUGUUUCACUGUGUGAGUGUGUGUGUGUGUGUGCACAUGCGUAGGCAUGCCUAACCAAAGACAAAAGAGCAGCAAUAUAGAGUCCUUAUUUAUUCAUGGCCCUCUUAAGCAGUGGACUGAGUUAGCAAGUGUGGUCAUCUGAAAAUAAGUAAACAAAGCCUUUUACUACAGACAAAUUAUCUGGAAACUGUUUUUGAUUAGUUGUUUUCCGUGCAGUGUCUGUUGACAUCUGUCAAAUCUAGGACUGUAGCGGUCAUAACAUUUUGUCAGAUGGUGAUUGUCAAGCAAAUAACUGCCGGUCUCACAGUAAUUGACCAUUAAUUAACAUAAACACAUUUAGCAUCUCCUGGCUUCCACGCAUAGCCUACAAGCCACUGAUGUCUAUUUCAGAAGGACAGAAUAGCAUACUCUGAACUGUCCACAUGUUAGGCCCUGAUCUGCCUAUGCCAUGUGGCUGUGGGCUACACUAGUUCAUUUAGCAAAAUAUUUGCUUAGAAUUUCGUGGCAUUAUUUUAUAUAAUUUUAUAGUAUGAAUAAUACAAUUGAACAUAGCUGAAUAAAAUAGAAAGGAUAUUUUCUCCAACCGAUUUCCGAGGGAUGCGGCUAUUCUGUGUUGAGCGGUUAACAAAGAAACAGGUCCUCCUAUAUGCUUAAUUUAGAGUUAUUUAUGCAACUUUAGUUGGGCUGUAUGUUUUGAUUUUUAAUACAUUCUAAGGCUGCAUGUUGCGACUCUAAGGAUUUGAAAAAAGUAGCAUGAAAGGCAUGAGCUCUGCUUUGUUUCUUGUGCAGGCUGCACACACUUCAUCAGUCUCUCAUUCACAAGCACUUGAUAAUAUUCUCACCAGGCCUCGAAUUUACUGGUGGCAUUCCCCUUGUGUGGCCUUAAUGCCCCCUAAAAAAUCCAUGCCCUUUGCGGCCAAAGUGGCCGUUGUGCCCUUGGGUUGAAUAUAAUAAUUAUAAUUCCCUUCUCCCAGCAGCCUGCUCCAAAGCACCUCUCACUUACAGUGGGGAAAAAAAGUAUUUAGUCAGCCACCAAUUGUGCAAGUUCUCCCACUUAAAAAGAUGAGAGAGGCCUGUCAUUUUCAUCAUAGGUACACGUCAACUAUGACAGACAAAAUGAGGAAAAAAAAUCCAGAAAAUCACAUUGUAGGAUUUUUUAUGAAUUUAUUUGCAAAUUAUGGUGGAAAAUAAGUAUUUGGUCAAUAACAAAAGUUUCUCAAUACUUUGUUAUAUACCCUUUGUUGGCAAUGACACAGGUCAAACGUUUUCUGUAAGUCUUCACAAGGUUUUCACACACUGUUGCUGGUAUUUUGGCCCAUUCCUCCAUGCAGAUCUCCUCUAGAGCAGUGAUGUUUUGGGGCUGUCGCUGGGCAACACAGACUUUCAACUCCCUCCAAAGAUUUUCUAUGGGGUUGAGAUCUGGAGACUGGCUAGGCCACUCCAGGACCUUGAAAUGCUUCUUACGAAGCCACUCCUUCUUUGCCCGGGCAGUGUGUUUGGGAUCAUUGUCAUGCUGAAAGACCCAGCCACGUUUCAUCUUCAAUGCCCUUGCUGAUGGAAGGAGGUUUUCACUCAAAAUCUCACGAUACAUGGCCCCAUUCAUUCUUUCCUUUACACGGAUCAGUCGUCCUGGUCCCUUUGCAGAAAAACAGCCCCAAAGCAUGAUGUUUCCACCCCCAUGCUUCACAGUAGGUAUGGUGUUCUUUGGAUGCAACUCAGCAUUCUUUGUCCUCCAAACACGACGAGUUGAGUUUUUACCAAAAAAGUUCUAUUUUGGUUUCAUCUGACCAUAUGACAUUCUCCCAAUCAUUUACAUACAUUUACAUUUACGUCAUUUAGCAGACGCUCUUAUCCAGAGCGACUUACAAAUUGGUGCAUUCACCCUAUAGCCAGUGGGAUAACCACUUUACAAUAUGUUAAUUUUUCAUUUGUUUUUAUUUCAUUUUUUAAAAUUAUUUAUAUAUAUAGUAUUUUUUAUUUUUUUUAAUUAUUUUUUUGGUGUGGGGGGGGGGGGGGGGGGGGCUGGGGGGGUAGAAGGAUUACUUUAUCCUAUCCCAGGUAUUCCUUAAAGAGGUGGGGUUUCAAAUGUCUCCGGAAGGUGGUGAGUGACUCCGCUGUCCUGGCGUCGUGAGGGAGCUUGUUCCAUUGGGGUGCCAGAGCAGCGAACAGUUUUGACUGGGCUGAGCGGGAACUAUGCUUCCGCAGAGGAAGGGGAGCCAGCAGGCCAGAGGUGGAUGAACGCAAUGCCCUCGUUUGGGUGUAGGGACUGAUCAGAGCCUGAAGGUACAGAGGUGCCGAUCCCCUCACAGCUCCAUAGGCAAGCACCAUGGUCUUGUAACAGAUGCGAGCUUCAACUGGAAGCCAGUGGAGUGUGCGGAGGAGCGGGGUGACGUGAGAGAACUUGGGAAGGUUGAACACCAGACGGGCUGCGGCAUUCUGGAUGAGUUGUAGGGGUUUAAUGGCACAGGCAGGGAGCCCAGCCAACAGCGAGUUGCAGUAAUCCAGACGGGAGAUGACAAGUGCCUGGAUUAGGACCUGUGCCGCUUCCUGUGUAAGGCAGGGUCGUACUCUCCGAAUGUUGUAGAGCAUGAACCUGCAGGAUCGGGUCACCGCCUUGAUGUUAGCGGAGAACGACAGGGUGUUGUCCAGGGUCACGCCAAGGCUCUUCGCACUCUGGGAGGAGGACACAACGGAGUUGUCAACCGUGAUGGCGAGAUCAUGGAACGGGCAGUCCUUCCCCGGGAGGAAGAGCAGCUCCGUCUUGCCAGGGUUCAGCUUGAGGUGGUGAUCCGUCAUCCAUACUGAUAUGUCUGCCAGACAUGCAGAGAUGCGAUUCGCCACCUGGUUAUCAGAAGGGGGAAAGGAGAAGAUUAGUUGUGUAUCGUCAGCGUAGCAAUGAUAGGAGAGGCCAUGUGAGGAUAUGACAGAGCCAAGUGACUUGGUGUAUAGGGAGAAUAGGAGAGGGCCUAGAACUGAGCCCUGGGGGACACCAGUGGUGAGAGCACGUGGUGCGGAGACAGCUUCUCGCCACGCCACUUGGUAGGAGCGACCGGUCAGGUAGGACGCAAUCCAGGAGUGAGCCGCGCCGGAGAUGCCCAGCUCGGAGAGGGUGGAGAGGAUCUGAUGGUUCACAGUAUCAAAGGCAGCAGACAGGUCUAGAAGGACAAGAGCAGAGGAGAGAGAGUUAGCUUUAGCAGUGCGGAGAGCCUUCGUGACACAGAGAAGAGCAGUCUCAGUUGAAUGACCAGUCCUGAAACCUGACUGGUUUGGAUCAAGAAGGUCAUUCUGAGAGAGAUAGCAAGAGAGUUGGCUAAAGACGGCACGCUCAAUAGUUUUGGAAAGAAAAGAAAGAAGGGAUACUGGUCUGUAGUUGUUGACAUCAGUGGGAUCGAGUGUUGGUUUUUUGAGAAGGGGUGCAACUCUCGCUCUCUUGAAGACGGAAGGGACAUAGCCAGCGGUCAAGGAUGAGUUGAUCAGCGAGGUGAGGUAGGGGAGAAGGUCACCGGAGAUGGUCUGGAGAAGAGAGGAGGGGAUGGGGUCAAGCGGGCAGGUUGUUGGGCGGCCUGCAGUCACAAGUCGCAGGAUUUUAUCUGGAGAGAGAGGGGAGAAAGAAGUCAAAGCAUAGGGUAGGGCAGUGUGAGUAGGACCAGCAGUGUCAUUAGACUUAACAAACGAGGAUCGGAUGUCGUCAACCUUCUUUUCAAAGUGGUUGACGAAGUCAUCCACAGAGAGAGAGGGGGGGGGGGGGGGGGGGGAGGAUUCAGCAGGGAGGAGAACGUGGCAAAGAGCUUCCUAGGGUUAGAGGCAGAUGCUUGGAAUUUAGAGUGGUAGAAAGUGGCCUUAGCAGCAGAAACAGAUGAAGAAAAUGUAGAGAGGAGGGAGUGAAAAGAUGCCAGGUCGGCAGGGAGUUUAGUUUUCUUCCAUUUCCGCUCCGCUGCUGCCCGGAGCUCUGUUCUGUGAGCUCGCAAUGAGUCAUCAAGCCACGGAGCUGGAGGGGAGGACCGAGCCGGCCGGGAGGAUAGGGGACACAGAGAUUCAAAGGAUGCAGAAAGGGAGGAGAGGAGGGUUGAGGAGGCAGAAUCAGGAGAUUGGAGGGAGAAGGAUUGAGCAGAGGGAAGAGAUGAUAGGAUGGAAGAGGAGAGAGUAGUGGGAGAGAGAGAGCGAAGGUUGCGGCGGCGCAUUACCAUCUGUGUAGGGGCAGAGUGAGUAGUGUUGGAGGAGAGCGAGAGAGAAAAGGAAACAAAGUAGUGGUCGGAGACAUGGAGGGGAGUUGCAGUGAGAUUAGUAGAAGAGCAGCAUCUAGUAAAGAUGAGGUCAAGCGUAUUGCCUGCCUUGUGAGUAGGGGGGGACGGUGAGAGGGUGAGGUCAAAAGAGGAGAGGAGUGGAAAGAAGGAGGCAGAGAGAAAUGAGUCAAAUGUAGACGUAGGGAGGUUGAAAUCCCCCAAAACUGUGAGGGGUGAGCCAUCCUCAGGAAAGGAACUUAUCAAGGCGUCAAGCUCAUUGAUGAACUCUCCAAGGGAACCUGGAGGGCGAUAGAUGACAAGGAUAUUAAGCUUAAAUGGGCUAGUGACUGUGACAGCAUGGAAUUCAAAUGAGGAGAUAGACAGAUGGGUUAGGGGAAAAAUUGAGAAUGUCCACUUGGGAGAGAUGAGGAUUCCUGUGCCACCACCCCUCUGACCAGAUGCUCUCGGGGUAUGCGAGAACACAUGGUCUUCUGCAUCAUCCAAAUGCACUCUAGCAAACUUCAGACGGGCCUGGACAUGUACUGGCUUAAGCAGGGGGACACGUCUUGCACUGCAGGAUUUGAGUCCCUGGCGGCGUAGUGUGUUACUGAUGGUAGGCUUUGUUACUUUGGUCCCAGCUCUCUGCAGGUCAUUCACUAGGUCCCCCCGUGUGGUUCUGGGAUUUUUGCUCACCGUUCUUGUGAUCAUUUUGACCCCACGGGGUGAGAUCUUGCGUGGAGCCCCAGAUCGAGGGAGAUUAUCAGUGGUCUUGUAUGUCUUCCAUUUCCUAAUAAUUGCUCCCACAGUUGAUUUCUUCAAACCAAGCUGCUUACCUAUUGCAGAUUCAGUCUUCCCAGCCUGGUGCAGGUCUACAAUUUUGUUUCUGGUGUCCUUUGACAGCUCUUUGGUCUUGGCCAUAGUGGAGUUUGGAGUGUGACUGUUUGAGGUUGUGGACAGGUGUCUUUUAUACUGAUAACAAGUUCAAACAGGUUCCAUUAAUACAGGUAACGAGUGGAGGACAGAGGAGCCUCUUAAAGAAGAAGUUACAGGUCUGUGAGAGCCAGAAAUCUUGCUUGUUUGUAGGUGACCAAAUACUUAUUUUCCACCAUAAUUUGCAAAUAAAUUCAUUAAAAAUCCUACAAUGUGAUUUUCUGGAGAAAAAAAAUCUCAAUUUGUCUGUCAUAGUUGACGUGUACCUAUGAUGAAAAUUACAGGCCUCUCUCAUCUUUUUAAGUGGGAGAACUUGCACAAUUGGUGGCUCUCUCAGAUAUUUCAAUUCUUAUUGGCCAAUGUCAGUCACGUGAUAGGGUCCUUCUCACAGCCAUCUUAGCUCCGAAGUAGGCUACAAGUGAAGACCGACACAUCAGGGACAAAACUGCGAGCAUCCCUCUACUCGAAUUCCGAGGCGCAUAUUGAAGAUGUUAGAAGCACUGUCCACAAGAUAAGUAGGCCUAAUGAACAGCAAAAGCACUAGCCUAUGUCAGUCUACUAUCCCUUAUAAUACAAAAGUUUACCUAUUCUAUUGGUCAACUUCUCCUUCUAUGCGAGAAAUAAAUAUUCCAAACAUACUCUGGGACUGUUGUGGGAUGCGAUAGAUCCCAAAUUAAUACAACCACUCGCAUCAAAAAAAUGUUUAAAAGCAAUGAGGCUGAUGCAACAGAUCAGACAUUUAGCUUAAAAUGUUGAUAAACUAUGCGCACACGGCAGUAGGCUAUAAGCGUAAAUGUUCCAAAAUGCAAUCAAUUAGCGGGAAAAUAGUGUUCUCAAAAGUGACCGCAAAUGUGAAUAUGCAUGUAAUGCUUUAUUAUAAAGGUGCAUUUUUAUGGUGAAAAUGAUCUUCCCCAAACUUGAAACUCACGCGCCACCUUUGUACGCCAGUUAGGCUCUACACCGGUUGUAAAACGGAUUAAUGUGCUUAGUUUUAAGAAGUUAUUUGGCCACUUUAGUUGUGAUACAAACCUUAUCAAAACAUAUAGGCCUAUGGGCUAGGCUACAUGAGGUGUGCGACUAUGAUUGGAAAAGUCAUAGUCAUGCUGGGCAUCAUUCACAAGUGAUAACACAUCAUUCACAAGUGAUAGACUAAUAUUGUCACCCAUCAGACUACUAAAUAAUAUGCUGUAUGUGUGAUAUUAGUUGUGAUUUAGAAUGGACCAUUAUCAUGCAUGUGUCUCGGAACAGGGGCAGGCGAGAAAAAUAUGUCAUCUAUGUACUUACAGUGCAUUCGGAAAGUAUUCAGACCCCUUGACUUUUUCCACAUUUUGUUACGUUACAGCCUUAUUCUAAAAUUGAUACAAUUGUUUUUUCCCCCUCAUCAAUCUACACACAAUACCCCAUAAUGACAAAGCAAAAACAGGUUUUUAGAAACGUUUGCACAUUUAUUAAAAAUACAAAGCUGAUAUCACAUUUACAUAAGUAUUCAGCCCCUUUACUCAGUACUUUGUUGAAGCGCCUUUGGCAGCAAUUACAGCCUCGAGUCUUCUUGGGCAUGACGCUACAAGCUUGGCACGCCUGUAUUUGGGGAGUUUCUCCCAUUCUUCUCUGCAGAUCCUCUCAAGCUCUGUCAGGUUGGAUGGGGAGCGUCGCUGCACAGCUAUUUUCAGGUCUCUCCAGAGAUGUUCGAUCGGGUUCACGUCCAGGCUCUGGCUGGGCCACUCAAGGACAUUCAGAGAGACUUGUCCUGAAGCCACUCCUGCGUAGUCAAAACCAAUGUGAAUCUUGCAUGGACGGACAGGGACCAGAAAUAGGCUCGGGAAUUUCUAAUAGGCCAAUUUUUUGUCCUCAAAGCCACCACAUUGGCCUAUAUUCUUCCUUGACCCUAACACAUUGUUUCCCAAAUAAUUAUAAUUUUGCACAAAAACCCCAGUUUAGACAGACCCACUGGGCGAAAGAUGGACCUUUGACUGUUGCCUCUCAAAAUAAGUAGAAAUGUACCUAGAGUUGAAUUACAAAGGUAGAGGUUUGAUUAGAAACAUUCAGAUAGGAUACGUGUUUUUUUGUCUUUCAGAACCUAAGGAAGAUUUUGUUCGGCAAUACUUUUUACGUCUUCAACUAUGAGUGGAAGAAGUCCUUCUUCAAAUUCAGGGAACCCUACUCCAACCUGUCCUAUGCCCUGGAGGCAGAAAGAGUGAGUGAACAAACAGUGUCCCCCAAUAAUCUCUCCUUCUUCCUGAAGUGUGCACUCAUUCACUAUAAAGGGAACAAGUGCACACUUCAGAAGAAAGGACCGAUUAUUGGGAUGCAACCAGUGUUGCGGAGGGGAACUUUGAAAAAGGGUGGAGAGACUUUGGUCAAGAGUAGCAGUGUGGACUUUUGAUAAUUGAAGGAUAAUUGACUUGAAUAGACUAGUAAAACUAGCCCGUACACAACCAAAUCGUUUUUUUUAAAAACACUAUAUGCUAGGGAUAUACACUGCUCAAAAAAAUAAAGGGAACACUUAAACAACACAAUGUAACUCCAAGUCAAUCACACUUCUGUGAAAUAAAACUGUCCACUUAGGAAGCAACACUGAUUGACAAUACAUUUCACAUGCUGUUGUGCAAAUGGAAUAGACAACAGGUGGAAAUUAUAGGCAAUUAGCAAGACACCCCCAAUAAAGAAGUGGUUCUGCAGGUGGUGACCACAGACCACUUCUCAGUUCCUAGGCUUCCUGGCUGAUGUUUUGGUCACUUUUGAAUGCUGGCGGUGCUUUCACUCUAGUGGUAGCAUGAGACGGAGUCUACAACCCACACAAGUGGCUCAGGUAGUGCAGCUCAUCCAGGAUGGCACAUCAAUGCGAGCUGUGCCAAGAACGUUUGCUGUGUCUGUCAGCGUAGUGUCCAGAGCAUGGAGGCGCUACCAGGAGACAGGCCAGUACAUCAGGAGACGUGGAGGAGGCCGUAGGAGGGCAACAACCCAGCAGCAGGACCGCUACCUCCGCCUUUGUGCAAGGAGGAGCAGGAGGAGCACUGCCAGAGCCCUGCAAAAUGACCUCCAGCAGGCCACAAAUGUGCAUGUGUCUGCUCAAACGGUCAGAAACAGACUCCAUGAGGGUGGUAUGAGGGCCCGACGUCCACAGGUGGGGGUUGUGCUUACAGCCCAACACCGUGCAGGACGUUUGGCAUUUGCCAGAGAACACCAAGAUUGGCAAAUUUGCCACUGGCGCCCUGUGCUCUUCACAGAUGAAAGCAGGUUCACACUGAGCACGUGACAGACGUGACAGAGUCUGGAGACGCCGUGGAGAACGUUCUGCUGCCUACAACAUCCUCCAGCAUGACCGGUUUGGCGGUGGGUCAGUCAUGGUGUGGGGUGGCAUUUCUUUGGGGGGCCGCACAGCCCUCCAUGUGCUCGCCAGAGGUAGCCUGACUGCCAUUAGGUACCGAGAUGAGAUCCUCAGACCCCUUGUGAGACCAUAUGCUGGUGCGGUUGGCUCUGGGUUCCUCCUAAUUCAAGACAAUGCUAGACCUCAUGUGGCUAGAGUGUGUCAGCAGUUCCUGCAAGAGGAAGGCAUUGAUGCUAUGGACCGCCCGUUCCCCAGACCUGAAUCCAAUUGAGCACAUCUGGGACAUCAUGUCUCGCUCCAUCCACCAACGCCACGUUGCACCACAGACUGUCCAGGAGUUGGCGGAUGCUUUAGUCCAGGUCUGGGAGGAGAUCCCUCAGGAGACCAUCCGCCACCUCAUCAGGAGCAUGCCCAGGCAUUGUAGGGAGGUCAUACAGGCACGUGGAGGCCACACACACUACUGAGCCUCAUUUUGACUUGUUUUAAGGACAUUACAUCAAGUUGGAUCAGCCUGUAGUGUGGUUUUCCACUUUAAUUUUGAGGGUGACUCCAAAUCCAGACCUCCAUGGGUUGAUAAAUUUGAUUUCCAUUGAUAAUUUUUGUGUGAUUUUGUUGUCAGCACAUUAAACUAUGUAAAGAAAAAAAUAUUUAAUAAGAUUAUUUCAUUCAUUCAGAUCUAGGAUGUGUUGUUUAAGUGUUCCCUUAAUUUUUUUGAGCAAUGUAUAUUUUUUAUAGUCAUCAUAGUUAAAAUACUGGCAUUUAAUGAACUCAGGUUGAUGGUGUCAACAGUUGAUGCUGUUCUUAGGAAGCUCUGUCUUCCCCCAAUGAAUUCAAAAUCACAGCAGUGUUUUCAGGUUGCCAUAGACUGCACGGGGCCAGUUUCUGCAUACCUAGCCAGUCAAUGUUGAUAUGGCUGAUACUUUACACACUGUCCUUCCCAUCAAAACAAACUAUUUAAAGAUUUUUGAAAGCAUUAAAAGGGAUAGUUCACUUUUUUUAUGUUAAGCAAAUGUUUUAUAUACCUAGGGUUUGGUUGCAUCCAAACUAUUUUAAGUCCAAAAGUUGAUUUAGCAACCUGCACCAAAAAUGCUAGCCAGGAGAUUCUGGAGGCUGCUAAAUAACCAGCUAACAAACUUAGAAAAGGUAUGAAAGAAAUGGCAACACUGUAUGUUGUUUACUAUCCUUCUAACAAUGUAGAAUUGUUACCUUGUCUACAUGGACUCUUUCUAUACCGCUUCUUUAUUGACCAAUACCCAGAAGAAUCAAAUGUGGUUAUUUAAAGAAUUACAGAGCCAUUGGCAGAAUUGUAGAUGGUUUCAUAAGGGCCUCAUUCAGGUGAUGAACUAAUUGCAACGGCACGCCCUGUGUUUUUGCCCAAUCUAUGAGUCUAAUUUAAGAGAUAGUUAUACCUGUCGAAUAAAUGCGAUGAUGACACAAGUUGUUAUCUCAGACAGAGGAUCGACAGGUGAUAUUCCUACAAGCUGAAAGGAUCAGACCCUUAUGUAACAGUUGUAAUCGGAGACCGGGGUCUUAUGUGUAGUUAUGACAUAAUGCCGUCUCCCUCCUUGUGACUCCUCGGUCCUAAGAUCCAUACAUUUUACAUUUUAGUCAUUUAGCAGACGCUCUUAUCCAGAGCGACUUACAGUUAGUGAAUACAUAUAUUUUUAUACUGGCCCCCCGUGGGAAUCGAACCCACAACCCUGGCGUUGCAAACGCCAUGCUCUAUCAACUGAGCUACAUCCCUGCCGGCCAUUCCCUCCCCUACCCUGGACGACGCUGGGCCAAUUGUGCGCUGCCCAUGAGUCUCCCGGCUGCGACAGAGCCUGGAUUCGAACCAGGAUCUCUAGUGGCACAGUUAGCACUGCGAUGCAGUGCCUUAGACCACUGCGCCACUCAAAUGUACCCCUACCACUAUCUCUUACAUAACUGUAGUAGGAUUAGGUUCCACCUUAAACAGACUCAUUGGGUAAUGGGGUAUGUCACUUCUUCGUCCAUUUUCAGUGAGUCGGAUGUCGAGACACUCCAGACUAGAGUCUAGCCCAAACCAAUCAACUGAGAUAGACUGCUAAGCUGUUUCCUGGGUGUGAAAUCAUCACGGUUACACCAUCAGCCAGUGGUUGUAAGACUUAAUUACAGAUCAGUGUCAUUAUCUCAGGACGUCUCAAGGUGUCUGGUCUCACAUAAUAAGGUGACUUAAUGUUUAGUGUUAAAGGUGACUUAGUGUUAAAUGGCUGCCUGUGCAAGAUUAGGAACGAGAAAUAAACCAUGACUCGGAAGGUCAAUUAGCUUUGAAUGUUUUAAGUUUUAACGGAUCUUCCUCAAACAGGGCACUCGUUUUGUUUGACAGCAGUUUUAAUGAAACAGCAUAUUUUUUCUUUAGGGAGGAUCCCGUGCCAUUCAAAUGGUGGUCCAAGCAAACAUUAUCAAAUACUUGCUCUUCACCCGCCAGACCAACUCAGACUGUUGCAGACUGCAAAGGUGAGAAAAUGGCUCAAGUCAAAUUAAACCGAAUCGGACAUCACCUGACUAGAAACAGUAAAAGUCAUUUUCAAACUAUGCCUGCUCCUUGGACCUGGAUGGGUCGGAGGCCAUAGUCUUAGCCCAGCGUCUCAAUAAUCUGUCAUUUUUACCGUAGUGUGCACUUGUUCUCUUCCCUUCUUCCCUUAAAAGGAAAGGACUGUUAGAAGAAAUAACUUGUCUAGCCCGUGCAUGUAAAUGUGUGAGGAGGAGUGAACGAGUGUACACUUGGGGAGAAAGGACAGAUUAUUGGGACAAAGGGGGAAAAAGUUGAGACAUGCCAUUGACUUUGCUCUCUCCCGUCUCUGCUCCUGCCCAGUCUGAGUGAGGUGGGUGAGAAGGAGCAGGAGAGGGCUUUGGCCGCCUCUCUGACUGACAUUCUGUGGGCAGCUGGUGAGGAAAGGAGCACCACCAUCUCCUUUGUGACGUCAGAUUACUGUUUCACCCCCCACCUGGACUACAAACUGGACAACUUCACUGAGAGAGUAUGGCCUCAAUUGUCAUAAGUUACAUGACAAGCGUCUCAGAGUAGGAGUGCUGAUCUAGGAUCAGGUCCUCCCUCUUAUUCAUUAUGAUUUAAACGGCAAAACCGGUGCUAAAUCGAUCCUACUCUGAAACACUUUGUGAAUAGCGGUCCAGACCUGAAAUAGCCUGUGGUCAUCUAGGAACACAGGAAUGUCUUUAUACAUGUAUCAUGACAGUUCUAGUUUUCACCAUUACUAAACCUUCUGCUGGACAAUAGUUGUCAAAUGUCUCUAGUGUGUAGUGACAUCCAUCCUGUGCACUGAGAAUUUGUUUUUCACUCUUUGUUUCCAGCUACAGCUUUUUAGUUUCAAGAAGAAAGAGGAUGUCAGGAAAUUUGUCUAUGAGCACAUCCAAUGUGUGAGUAAACAAGUUAUUUUUAGCUAAUAUGUUGGGUAACACUUCCUAUAACCUUUGUCAUAAUGCUCUAUGAAUGUAGUUACACAUGUUUAUUAGCAGUUGUAAGCAGCACCAGUAUGUUGUACAUUAUAAUGCAUUAUGCACAGCUCAUAAGGCAUUAUACAUUACAUGUGCUUACAAUGCAUUAAGAGAUGUAGUCAUAGGAAAUGUUACAGAAUACUGUAGUCAUUUCUUGUCAUAAUUAACAUUUAACUGUUUUAUGAUACCUAACUCACUGCCAAUACUCUAUUACCAUAACUCCUGAUCUGUUGAUUUAAGUUUGAUGUUUCUAGGUUAGCAGUAGUAUCUACCUUAAAGGACUGCAAUGGUAGUACUGGCUGCCCAGGUUCCAAAGUUUCUGGACCAAUACAAAAAUAACCUGUUUUGGAUGGUGACUGUUUAGUGUCAUGUUUCUUUUUCCCCACUCCUACCUGCAGUUUAAAGACGAGGGGAGUCAUGGAGUCAUCUUGUUUCUCUACAGCUUAAUCUUUUCAAGGACCAUCGCCAGGUAUACAACCACCAGUCCAAUACACCGGAGCUCCUUAAAAGGAUAGUUCACCCACAUUACAAUUGAAAGCAAUUGAUGGACUAGGAGAGACUACAAUCCACGCUUUGGAUUUGUUUACCUAGCCACUGUUACCAACCACCAGUGCUUGACAUGGACUGAAAUUGGUGCCGGUACUCAUUUUGGUUGCCGGUACUGUUUAUAUUUAGGUGCAGGAGUUCCACAAUAAUGUUGUCCUAAUAUUUUAUAAGAUGUGCAGGACCUCAAGCAGUAGAACAUUUGAGGUGCCGGGUACUCAGUAUCAGUGAGCUCCUACCCAAAUCAAACACUGCCAACCACUGACUAUAGCAUUUUCUAACCAAAACCCAUUGGAAUGUACCCAAUAUUGGCAAAUGUAAAAUUUAAAACCCAAAGAGUGGCUUACACGCUGGGCUCUAUUUUAACAAACCUUACGCAAUGGUCAAUCUUAGUGCUGGCGGUAGCGUUAUAGGUUCAGGGGUGUAUCAGAUAUUUGUUUUGCUAUUUUCACAACCUGAAUUAUGGGUGCAGUAGCUGGCAGUGGCGCGAAAGUGCUCGGUUUUGAUGAAAAAACUAGUUGUAAGUGUGUCGAGGCUUGACCCCUCACUGGCCAAUCAGAACGUGCUCCAUGGCUAAAUAUGUGGUUGCUUCAAGUUGUGUAUUUAUGGUAUUUUAUGUAUUGCGGUGUCAUCAACUCCUAUUCAAAAUAACAAAAUGUAGGCCUUUCCCAUAUUUGCUAAAUAUGUUGAACAUUUUUCUAAAUAAUUGCAUGGCUUCAUUGUGGAAAUAUAUUGUUAAACAUGGCAUUCACACUCAGGGGCAUAAAUCUGAGGGCGCACAAAGUACGUGAUGAUCCCUGGGGGGGUGGAAGUUGGAGAUUUUUGCAUUUUUUAAACAUCUGAAACAGCUUUUUCCUGCAAUCUAGAGCCACAAUUAUUAUGCUUAAUUCUAUGUACAAAAAUCUGUAUAUUUCUGUGCAUAUCUAAGCAUACCUCUUGAGCGGGCUUGUUUUUCUAAAAAAAACUAAAUAUGGUUUUCUGCAUCUCUGCUAAAAUCUCGGUAAAAGAUUGAAAGGACAUUUAGUACAUUUAGUAAUUGCUUGCUUUUCUAAAGUCUACCAACCUUGCCAGCAGGCAUGCCAGCUAAGAUAGAGUAGCUAGCCUGUCUAACUAACUUGAUUGAUAGCCUGAAAUGGCUUCUUGGAUGAGGUUGGGAGAAUGGGAACCUAUCUGAACUUCAUAAAAUUGCUAGGUGGCUAGUAGUAUUAGAGAAAACAAUUUUUUUUUACAGGACAAACCUGAGGGGGCACGUGCCCCUGUUCCCCCUUUGGGCAUGUUGCCUUGUUCACACUGAUAUGGGCCUACUGUAAAAUGCAUUAUGUCUGAGCCAUGGACUUGCCAAACGUUGUGAAUAAGCAAGAUUCAAUUCACCAUUGAUAAGACCUAAAAAUACAGAAUCAUUCACUAAUAAAACGAAACAGCAACUUUUUAAAUAGGCUAUGUCUAAAUACAACUGCAGGCACCAUAAUUGCUCCCCGUGGGUAUAUAAUAUUAAGACAACUUAGACUAUGGAGGGUUUUACGCACAUCCAUACUUUUCACAGGAGCUGGAAAAAUAUCCAAUAUAAAGAGAAGGGGGAAUGUCCACUCACCAUUAUACUGCUCCCAAAUAUAUACAGUGAGGGAAAAAAGUAUUUGAUCCACUGCUGAUUUUGUAAGUUUGCCCACUGACAAAGACAUGAUCAGUCUAUCAUUUUAAUGGUAGUUUUAUUUGAACAGUGAGAGACAGAAUAAAAAAUCCAGACAAACGCAUGUCAGAAAUGUUAUAAAUUGAUUUGCAUUUUAAUGAGGGAAAUAAGUAUUUGACCCCUCUGCAAAACAUGACUUAGUACUUGGUGGCAAAACCCUUGUUGGCAAUCACAGAGGUCAGACGUUUCUUGUAGUUGGCCACCAGGUUUGCACACAUCUCAGGAGGGAUUUUGUCCCACUCCUCUUUGCAGAUCUUCUCCAAGUCAUUAAGGUUUCGAGGCUGACGUUUGGCAACUCGAACCUUCAGCUCCCUCCACAGAUUUUCUAUGGGAUUAAGGUCUGGAGACUGGCUAGGCCACUCCAGGACCUUAAUGUGCUUCUUCUUGAGCCACUCCUUUGUUGCCUUGGCCGUGUGUUUUGGGUCAUUGUCAUGCUGGAAUACCCAUCCACGACCCAUUUUCAAUGCCCUGGCUGAGGGAAGGAGGUUCUCACCCAAGAUUUGAUGGUACAUGGCCCUGUCCAUCGUCCCUUUGAUGCGGUGAAGUUGUCCUGUCCCCUUAGCAGAAAAACACCCCCAAAGCAUAAUGUUUCCACCUCCAUGUUUGACGGUGGGGGUGGUGUUCUUGGGGUCAUAGGCAGCAUCUGACCACAACACUUUCACCCAGUUCUCCUCUGAAUCAUUCAGAUGUUCAUUGGCAAACUUCAGACGGGCAUGUAUAUGUGCUUUCUUGAGCAGGGGUCCUUGCAGGCGCUGCAGGAUUUCAGUCCUUCCCGGCGUAGUGUGUUACCAAUUGUUUUCUUGGUGACUAUGGUCCCAGCUGCCUUGAGAUCAUUGACAAGAUCCUCCCGUGUAGUUCUGGGCUGAUUCCUCACCGUUCUCAUGAUCAUUGCAACUCCACAAGGUGAGAUCUUGCAUGGAGCCCCAGGCCGAGGGAGAUUGACAGUUAUUUUGUGUUUCUUCCAUUUGCGAAUAAUCGCAUCAACUGUUGUCACCUUCUCACCAAGCUGCUUGGCAAUGGUCUUGUAGCCCAUUCCAGCCUUGUGUAGGUCUACAAUCUUGUCCCUGACAUCCUUGGAGAGCUCUUUGGUCUUGGCCAUGGUGGAGAGUUUGGAAUCUGAUUGAUUGAUUGCUUCUGUGGACAGGUGUCUUUUAUACAGGUAACAAGCUGAGAUUAGGAGCACUCCCUUUAAGAGUGUGCUCCUAAUCUCAGCUCAUUACCUGUAUAAAAGACACCUGGGAGCCAGAAAUCUUUCUGAUUGAGAGGGGGUCAAAUACGUAUUUCCCUCAUUAAAAUGCAAAUCAAUUUAUAACAUUUCUGACAUGCAUUUUUUCUGGAUUUUUUUGUUGUUAUUCUGUCUCUCACUGUUCAAAUAAACCUACCAUUAAAAUUAUAGACUGAUCAUUUUUUGGCAGUGGGCAAACGUACAAAAUCAGCAGGGGAUCAAAUACUUUUUUCCCUCACUGUAUACAGUAUAGCUAUAGCCUACCAUCGGCAUUGAUAUGACUAGUAUGACUUUUCCACAUGAAAGGUAAACAAACAGGCAAUUAUAAACUGGGUGGUUCGAGCCCUGAAUGCUGAUUGGCUGACAGCCAUGGUAUAUCAGAUCGUAUACCAUGUGUAUGACAAAACAUGUAUUUUUACUGCUCUAAUUACGUUGGUAACCAGUUUAUAAUAGCAAUAAGGCACCUCUGGGGUUUGUGGUAUAUGGCCAAUAUACCACGGCUAAGGGCUGUAUCCAGGCACUCCGUGUUGCGUCGUGCUUAUGAACACAUGAACAUUAGCUUUGGUAUAUUGGCCAUAUACCACACCCCCUCAUACCUUAUUGAUUAAAUAUAGCCUACAAGCGGAUUCAGCGCCACGGACAGCGAUCGGAAUUCCCGCGAUUUGACAGUUACUGUAGAUCCAACAGAGGAAGAUGGAAGAUGCAUUUGUUUUUACAAAAUUAUAAACGAAAAACAAUAAGCAGUCUUUUUAAAUAACUUGAUGUUCCUAAACAGGCUUCCUAUAGUGCAGUCACUGACACCUUUCAUGCAAUGGGCAUCACACAUAAUAACUCCAAACUUUUCACAGAAGCUGGACAAAAACUAAUGUCCAAUAUAAAUAAAAAAGGUGAAUGUCUGUUGACUGUUUUGCUACUCGUGAUAUUUGUAUAAAACAUUGGUGAUGUACAUAAGGCUACUGUGAGCGCCUCCUCCGGCAAAAUCAAUGCCAAAACCUUAUUGCGUUAUCACUAAGACCAGCUUUUGAUCGACCUUAAAUAUCCCUAGUUGUGCUGACUGAAAUUGGCAUAUUGGCACACAUUUUAAAGGACACACCUCAAAUAUUUCCACCCCUCCUGUCAUGGAAAUUCUAAUCAAUAAUGAGGAGGACAAGGUCAAUCACCAAUCAGGAUAUUACUUUAUUGAAAACGUAUUAACAAGCUAGUAAGUGAGGCUGGUCGACCCAACACUCUUGAGUGUUGGGCAGAGAGCUCUGACAUACAGACAAUACAAAUAUAUUUUAUAGCAAAGAUACAGUGGGGGAAAAAAGUAUUUAGUCAGCCACCAAUUGUGCAAGUUCUCCCACUUAAAAAGAUGAGAGAGGCCUGUAAUUUUCAUCAUAGGUACACGUCAACUAUGACAGACAAAUUGAGGAAAAAAAUUCCAGAAAAUCACAUUGUAGGAUUUUUAAUGAAUUUAUUUGCAAAUUAUGGUGGAAAAUAAGUAUUUGGUCACCUACAAACAAGCAAGAUUUCUGGCUCUCACAGACCUGUAACUUCUUCUUUAAGAGGCUCCUCUGUCCUCCACUCGUUACCUGUAUUAAUGGCACCUGUUUGUACUUGUUAUCAGUAUAAAAGACACCUGUCCACAACCUCAAACAGUCACACUCCAAACUCCACUAUGGCCAAGACCAAAGAGCUGUCAAAGGACACCAGAAACAAAAGUGUAGACCUGCACCAGGCUGGGAAGACUGAAUCUGCAAUAGGUAAGCAGCUUGGUUUGAAGAAAUCAACUGUGGGAGCAAUUAUUAGGUAAUGGAAGACAUACAAGACCACUGAUAAUAUCCCUCGAUCUGGGGCUCCAUGCAAGAUCUCACCCCUUGGGGUCAAAAUGAUCACAAGAACGGUGAGCAAAAAUCCCAGAACCACACGGGGGACCUAGUGAAGGACCUGCAGAGAGCUGGGACCAAAGUAACAAAGCCUACCAUCAGUAACACACUACGCCGCUAGGGACUCAAAUCCUGCAGUACCAGACGUGUCCCCCUGCUUAAGCCAGUACAUGUCCAGGCCUGUCUGAAGUUUGAUAGAGUGCAUUUGGAUGAUCCAGAAGAGGAUUGGGAGAAUGUCAUAUGGUCAAAUGAAACCAAAAUAUAACUUUUUGGUAAAAACUCAACUCGUCGUGUUUGGAGGACAAAGAAUGCUGAGUUGCAUCCAAAGAACACCCUACCUACUGUGAAGCAUGGGGGUGGAAACAUCAUGCUUUGGGGCUGUUUUUCUGCAAAGGGACCAGGACGACUGAUCCGUGUAAAGGAAAGAAUGAAUGGGGCCAUGUAUCGUGAGAUUUUGAGUGAAAACCUCCUUCCAUCAGCAAGGGCAUUGAAGAUGAAACGUGGCUGGGUCUUUCAGCAUGACAAUGAUCCCAAACACACCGCCCGGGCAACGAAGGAGUGGCUUCGUAAGAAGCAUUUCAAGGUCCUGGAGUGGCCUAGCCAGUCUCCAGAUCUCAACCCCAUAGAAAAUCGUUGGAGGGAGUUGAAAGUCCGUGUUGCCCAGCGACAGCCCCAAAACAUCACUGCUCUAGAGGAGAUCUUGAUGGAGGAAUGGGCCAAAAUACCAGCAACAGUGUGUGAAAACCUUGUGAAGACUUACAGAAAACGUUUGACCUGUGUCAUUGCCAACAAAGGGUAUAUAACAAAGUAUUGAGAAACUUUUGUUAUUGACCAAAUACUUAUUUUCCACCAUAAUUUGCAAAUAAAUUCAUUAAAAAUCCUACAAUGUGAUUUUCUAGAUUUUUUUUUCUCAUUUUGUCUGUCAUAGUUGACGUGUACCUAUGAUGAAAAUUACAGGCCUCUCUCAUCUUUUUAAGUGGGAGAACUUGCACAAUUGGUGGCUGACUAAAUACUGUUUUUCCCCACUGUACACCCUCUCAGUCUUCAUGACAAACAGCAGAACAGCACUGUUCUCAUUGUAUGGACACCAGGGUUUGGCCCCCAAGACGAGGUUCUUAUCAACAUUAUCCAUACCCGAGCCAUCGCUCCCUGGUACCUUACAUUACACAAACACCAACUCAUUCUAUGGAAUGCAUGCUGUAGGUUUUAUCACCAAACCAUUCAUAAAUCAAUUGUCAGAUCCAGAUACCCCUAUCUCAAGUAAAACCCAUGUCCUUGACCACACGCCUAGACUACUGCAGGGAGCUGGAGUAGAAACCAUCCCUUUACAAAAACACAGCAUUAGUAGGACAGAAAUGUCUUACUAUUUGUUAAACAAAGCAGGUAAACAUGUUACAUGUUAAUUUUUCUCUCACACUCCCAUGUCAGUUCAAGUGAGCUGGAACCAGAUUCACAAACAACGUAUUACGCAAAAACUUAAGAAGCUUUUUAAGAAAAAAAAUAGUUUGUAAGUGCAGUUUUUAAAACAUUUCUUUAGAAUCUAUGAUUUUUACGAACUUUUCAAAUAUCUUCUUACUCAAAUAUCUUCUUAUGAACUUUUUAACUAUCUUCUUAAGAUGAUUGUUGCUAGGCAACCAAGCUAGCUAGCUAUCUAGCUAGCAAGGGCAAUCAUGUUAGCAUAUUUCUUACUGAGAUUACUGGUCUAAAACAUUUUACUGGAUUUAAAACAAUCAAUGCUGAAACUUUCAGAUGAAGUUUGUGAGUCAAUUAAACAUAUUAAAUUGCUUUCAUUAGCUUAUUUUUUCGCUUUCACAAGUUUAAGACAAAGGUUUAGCAAUCUUGGAAUUAAGAACAUUUCCAAGAAGAAAUCCAAUAACUUUAUUUUCAAGAACCUAAUUCCUUCUUAGCAAUUUUCUUAGGAAGAAACCUUAGAAGAAACUUCAUUGAGAAAUAUCAACUUUUCGUAAGUUUCUUCUUAAGUAUAGAGUUAAGAAAAACAUUUAUUCUUAAGAAUCGGGGCCCUGAUGUUACAGGUAAAUUGCCGACCUGGCGUAAGGGGUGGAAAAUGCCAGUGUGCCAAUUUUUACAUGACGAAAUUGAAAACUAACGUGCGUUUGACACUUGUGCCUCCUUAGUGCCAGCCGUAAAUAGAGCCCUCUGUCCUUUUCCAUUUAUUUGGGUGAAAUGUCCCUUUAAAAUUCUCACCAAGGCCAACAAUCACCCCACCUGGGCUAAGUUACUUGACCAGAACCAUUAAAUGAUAGGUGCAUCGUGGUUUGUGAGGAAUUCAGGAAAUGCAAAGAAAACACUUUGUGGUGUUACACAACACCCUGACAACAAUGUAAUUUAAUAAUCUUGACAUUUUCUAUUAAUCUCAUUUUUGGAGAGAAAAUACUAACUCACUAACUAAAUCAAGGCAUCUUUUUUGAAAGGUUGAGGGAGGAUCUUGACUGUACCACCUCUCACUUGCUGCAUUUGAGCCUUGGCAACUUUGUGUGUCGUCAGGUAAGUGGGCUUCAUGUACAAACAACACCUUGCUUUAUCGACAGUUGCUAUAGCAGCAACACCUUGCUUUAACAACAGUUUCUAUAGCAGCAGGCAGCACAGCAGUUUAAAAGAGCCUAUUUUAUGCCCUCCCUCAGGAUAGACCUCCUGGCAUAAAUGGUGACUCUCAGAUCCACCUCUACGCAGACGAAACAAUUUUGUAUACAUCUGGCCCUUCAUUGGACACUGUGUUAACAAACCUCCAAACGAGCUUCAAUGCCAUACAACACUCCUUCAGUAGCCUCCAACUGCUCUUAAACACUAGUAAAACUAAAUGCAUGCUCUUCAAUCGAACGCUGCUGGCACCCGCCCACCCGACUAGAAUCACUACUCUCGACGGGUCUGACCUAGAGUAUGUGGACAACUACAAAUACCUAGGUGUCUGGUUAGACUGUAAACUCUCCUUCCAGACUCACAUUAAGAAUCUCCAAUCCAAAGUUAAAUCUAGAAUCGGCUUCCUAUUCCGCAACAAAGCCUCCCUCACUCAUGCUGCCAAACAUGCCCUCGUAAAACGGACUAUCCUACCGAUCCUUGACUUCGGCGAUGUCAUUUACAAAAUAGCCUCCAACACUCUACUCAGCAAAUUGGAUGUAGUCUAUCACAGUGCCAUCCGUUUUGUCUCCAAAGCCCCAUACACUACCCACCACUGUGACCUGUACGCUCUUGUUGGCUGGUCCUCACUACAUGUUCGUCGUCAAACCCACUGGCUCCAGGCCAUCUAUAAAUCACUGCUAGGCAAAUCCCCGCCUUAUCUUAGCUCAUUGUUCACCAUAGCAGCACCCACCCGUAGUCUGCGCUCCAGCAGGUAUAUCUCACUGGUCAUCCCCAAAGCCAACACCUCCUUUGGCCGCCAUUCCUUCCAGUCCUCUGCUGCCAAUGAAUGGAACGAAUUGCAAAAAUCUCUGAAGCUGGAGACUCUUAUCUCCCUCACUAACUUUAAGCAUCAGUUGUCAGAGCACCUUACCGAUCACUGCACCUGUACACAGCCCAUCUGAAAUUAGCCUACCCAACUACCUCAUCCCUAUAUUGUUAUUUAUUUUGCUCUUUUGCACCCCAGUAUCUCUAUUUGCACAUCAUAUCUUGCACAUCUAGCAUUCCAGUGUUAAUACUAAUUGUAAUUAUUUUUGCACUAUAGCCUAUUUAUUGCCUUACCUCCAUAACUUGCUACAUUUGCACACACUGUAUAUAUAUUUUCUGUUGUAUUUUUUUUUGUUGUGACUUUAUAUAUUUUUUUUACCCCAUAUGUAACUCUGUGUUGUUGUUUUUAUCGCACUACUUUGCUUUAUCUUGGCCAGGUCGCAGUUGUAAAUGAGAACUUGUUCUCAACUGGCUUACCUGGUUAAAUAAAGGUGAAAUAAAAAAAUUAAAAUAAAAAGACCUCCUGGCAUAAAUAUAUUAUUGUGCGAAAACAGAUUGUAUUAUAUACAGUAAAUUGCUAUUGCUUUGUAUUGGAAUAUGGCUUAGCCAUUACACAAGCAUCAUGCGUCUGCUGUGUCCCUAUGUAUUCAUCAGGCACUGAUGAAUCUGCUGCUAACUGGCCGAGCCAGUCCCAAUGUAUUCAAUGGAACUCUGCACUGUGGUGACGACGGCAGCCCACUAGAGAAGCCUCUCCACGGGGUCCUGGCUCGCAGCGACGUAGGCUACCUGCACUGGAGCCGCGAGCUGCUGGAACGCACCAAGCUGCCCAUGGUACAGUAACAGUGCCUUCCUGUCUGUUUGUAACUGCUGCUAAUCUCUGCACCCAGAACCGAAUCUCAUGUGCGCGCUGGCUGGCUAAUUAUUAAGUUUGUUAUGAGACACUAACCUGCUGCUGACACUGCAUCUACAGCUCUACCGUCUGUCUGUCUGUCUGUCUGUCUGUCUGUCUGUCUGUCUGUCUGUCUGUCUGUCUGUCUGUCUGUCUGUCUGUCUGUCUGUCUGUCUGUCUGUCUGUCUGUCUGUCUGUCUGUCUGUCUGUCUGUCUGUCUGUCUGUCUGUCUGUCUGUCUGUCUGUCUGUCUGUCUGUCUGUCUGUCUGUCUGUCUGUCUGUCUGUCUGUCUGUCUGUCUGUCUGUCUGUCUGUCUGUCUGUCUGUCUGUCUGUCUGUCUGUCUUUGAUCUGUUGAUCAGUAUCACUCUUCCAAAGUAAACAUGGUGGUCCCACAGGCACUAAACUGUCCAUACUUUCUUAGCCCAUCCUUUGAUCUUUCAUUAGUCAUUUAAGGGCUGAGGCUGAGCUACUGGAAAUUACACAAUACAUCUCCUAGAUCAGUGUUUCUCUAUCCCUGGUCCAUGGCCCGGCACCGGUCCCUAGGAUGUUGCUAAUCGGAACCUCAGAUGCUUAGUUGACACCGAUUUAUAAUAAUAAUAAUAAUAUGCCAUUUAGCAGACGCUUUUAUCCAAAGCGACUUACAGUCAUGCGUGCAUACAUUUUAGUGUAUGGGUGGUCCCGGGGAUCGAACCCACUACCUUGGCGUUACAAGCGCCGUGCUCUACCAGCUGAGCUACAGAGGACCACAGUCAGUUGUACAGUGUUCAUUUUGAUCUGCAGUCCUCCAAAGAGGCAGGAUCAUAGCCUGCUGGUCCCUUGUACCAAAAAAGGAUGAGAUGCACUGCUCUGGGCCGGUAUCCAUAAAGCGUCUCAAAGUAGGAGCGCUGAUCUAGGAUCAGGUUUGCCUUUUAGACCACGUCUCCCCAAUUUAAACAAAGCUUAAUGGACAUGGACAUGGACAUGGGGGACCUGAUCCUAGAUUAGCACUCCUACUCUGAGACGCUUUGUAAAUAUGGGUCCAGGUCUAGAUCUUUCAUCCAUUCCCUGUGGCGCCCUCUAGGUGGGAAGCAUGCUGAAAACGCCAAAGUUGCCAAUUUGGGUGUGCAGUAUCAAUGGCACCUACAGUGUCCUCUUCAGUCCCAACCGCUGCCUGCUCUCUGACUGGAAGAUGGAGCACCUGUUCCACAUGUACUUCUACAAUGGCCAGCCAUCGCAACAAAGCACAGCCCUGCUGACCAUUGGUAGGAUGGACAGCCUGUAUCUCUGACUGUCAUUUGAUAUAUUCACAUACAUUUACCCCUUUUGUCUCAAUAUUGAAUAUAAUAUAAUGUGAAUUUUAUUGCAUCGUAAUAAUUUAUAGGUCUAUGUGAUUACACUUUUGCUUAUCAACGCUAAAUGAUGGCUUGAGUGUGAUAUCACAAAUAACAAUGGGCAUAGGGCCCAGAAUUAUUCCCUGCUUACACUUAUCCAAUCCUCUCAGAUCUACACGUGCCUAGAGGUUAGGGGCUAGGGGUUGAUUUGGGAUUCAGCACUCAUGUCUUUACUGUUAAUUAACACCUCUCUUGUUCCAGACACUCACUCCCACCACUGGGAGGUAGGGAUCAAGGACACCCAGGGAGACCCAGAGAAGAGGUUUCCCUCUGUAGAGAUGGCCAUUAGGACCAAAUGGGAGGGAGCUGCCAUCGACUGGAACGGAACCAUGCCCUUUUUCUGA